AUGACCAUCAUGGACAGCGACGACAUGCAGAGACUAUGGUCUCUCGUAGAGGACCUCACCAAUCAGCUACAAGCAAAUCGACAACUCUGUGAGUCAUUGCAACAGCAGGCGGAUCAAUUGCGAGGUCAGGCCAUCCAUUCCGGAACAGGUUUCGCGCUACGCAGGUUCAACAUUGACCUCUCGAAAGAAAAGUUUGAGUCCGAGCUCGAAGCGCUCAAUGUUCAUCUCGUCAAAGAAAAUCUCGCUCUUUCUCACGAGAACAAGCAACAAGCCGUGCUGCUCCGCGAAUACGAAAACACGCUCGAGACCGUCAUGGCCAAGUUCCGAAGCUUCUCGCAUUCCACCCAGCAGCACACUUUGCAACUCACACAACACUACGAAUCCCUCCUUGCACAGACCACUCACAACGCAGCAGAACAGACGCUAGCUGCAGAGACGGCCUUCAGCGGCACCUUGUCGCAUCUCGGCGAGCUGGUAAGGAGGGCAAUGCAGUCGCUAGAUGGCGAGGUCAGCGAUGAUUCGGAUCAGGACCAAGAGCAAGACGGCGCACCACCACGCAAGACAAAGCGCGGCUGGGUGCAAGAUCCCAAGUGGUACGGAUCGGGCGGGUAUACUGGCAAAGCCACUGACCCUAUCGCGCUCCGUGCCGAUGAAGCUCUCGAAAGCUGCACGGAGGAGGAGCGCUUAAGAAUAGAGAACGAAACGCUUCGCGAACUUCUCGGUCUUAAGGCGAAGAGUGACGCCUUGAUCUCUUCAGACACCAGUCGCAUUGUUGCCGAUCCGCUCGACUCGACUGACGCUUUUGCCCCCCAACCCAAACCCAUGUCGCCAGUAGAGCGACAUGCGUCCCUCACCGUCGACGAAGCCGCCAUCGCAGCAGAGGCGAGUGGGCAACCACCGCUGAAAACUCUUCAAAUCUCGUCGACAACACGGCCAGGUAAAGAGACGCUCGAGACCAAGCCACUGUCACCUGCUCGCGUAUCACCCAGGAUCGUUCCAGCACUGGAUCGCAAAGACCAGAUUAUCGAGGAAGCCAUCCUCGCAGAAGACGAGUCCGAAUCCGACCGUGAACGUGGACGAAGAGCAACCGAGGCCGGUCCGUCCUUGGGCGCUGAGAUUGCCACCUUUCGCAAUGAAACCUCGACCUCUUCCGCCGUCGACUCUCUGCCGCUGGUGUUCGCUUCCGAUGAUACUGAGAGUGCACCGUCGUCGAUCCAAGAGCUGCGUGCUGCUACAAUGCAAUCAGGUCAAGCAUCUCCACUUCACGCAUCGGUGUCCGAUCAGCCUGGAAUUCAUGCUUCCGCAGUGACGGAUGCCGACGAGAUCACCCCAAUCGAAGAGCUGGCUCUGCCAACGUCGGCUGAACCGGCAACGGGGGCUGAGCCAAACAUGCUCGCUGAAGCAGCGCCUCCUGCGCUUAUCUCGACGGGCAUCGAACAAGCCGAUGCAUUGGCGUCCAAGACGACCGUCACCUCGUCAUCGGGUAUCGACGUUGCAGAAACAAGCGCACCAGCAGAUCCGACGACCAUUUCCUCUCCCACCCUCAGCAGUUCAGAAUCGACCUCGUCAGAAGCAUCGGCGGCUUCUUCCGACGACACCAGUAUUUCUUUGAACUCUGCUGCACCAGUCAAGGCUGACACCAAGCCUACACAUGUCCCGAUGUCGACUAUCGGAACCGCACCACCAGCGGACACUCUCGACGCGGAUUUCAAACCGAUCUCGAAAGCUUCGACUGACGACGAGCCAAGCGAGACCGUCGUACCUGCUGAAGCUGCUAAGGAGGACAAUGUAAGUGCCCUUCCUCCUGCAGAUGACGCACAGCGCUCAGCCGAGACAUCUAGCCACGAAGCUGUAACCAGCACAACAGACAAGGACCACGCGCCAGACACGGCAGAAGCUGCUCCCACGAGCAAGAAUGCAAAGGCGGCGACGGCCAAAGACGCACCUAGCACACCGAACCAGAUCAACAACCAGGGCAAGAAAGACGGGGCCGCGUCUCCAAGCAAGAAAGGCGGCAGAGGUCAUCGAGGCAAAGGAAACCGACACAGCAAGUCCAACUCGAACGCCGCAAACAAGAACGCUUCGUGA